AAAUGCUAGACCUAACCUGUAGUGAAAAAUUAAAGCGGUCACAUCGCCUGCUGCUUUAUGGUUCAGAUAUAAGUGGUUUUCGCCAACAUAGUCAGUUGCAGUAUAUUCUAGCUAACUGAAAAGAACAAGGUGACCAGCAUAAUGGCAAAAAAACUGUACACAUACUAAAAAAAAAAAAAAGGCUGUCAGGAUUUCCAGAGUAUUCAGAAAUAUGUGUUGUACUGUUGAAGGUAUAAUAAUAUAUACCUUCCCCCCGUUUCCCAGUGGUCAGACCCCCAAAAAAAGCAAUCUCCUUCGACUCGUGUCCCUUUUAAUAACCCAUUGAUUAUAGGGUAGGCAACACGGGAAUUAGGAAGUAGAUCUGGUAUCAAGUGGCCUACAUGCCUCUUCAAGCUGCCUUACUGCUGGGACAAAAGAUUCUGCUGUGCCUCUGCUUUCUAUCAGUGAUCUCAAUCAAACCUGGCUCGCUCUAGAGCCAGACUUUUAAUCCCCAGAAGGCUUUAGUGACCAUCCACAAAAAGCCAUUGUGCCUAGCUUAAUUAUAACCCCUGAUAUGACCUGACCGGGGGAGGUGAAGUGUGCAAAAAUGCUGCAUGCCAUCAGCUCUCAGAGGAUUGAAAGAGAAACACUAGACCACUAAGUGGAAAAUGACCACCCAAUGUUAGCUAAUGGAACAGCUCGCCUCUUGUCCAGCUUUCUGGGUGCUGGGAGAGAGUGGCAAUGUGAGCCUUUAGAGCCUCUUUCUCUCUCUCUCUCUCUCUCAAAAAAAAAAAAAUGAUAUGUUACUUCCCACAAUACUUCUGCAAGCAUUUGAGAGACUCUUCUGCUCAAAGGAAAGAUGGAGCAAACAGCAGGACGCUUGCUUUUGGCUUUUCUCCUGGUUGCAGUGGUCAGUGGGGCCACCAUCCAAAGCAUCACGUGGUGCGCAGUUUCUGAGACAGAGGAGCAGAAGUGUCUGGAUCUGGCCGGGAACAUCACGUUACGGAACGUCCGUGGGAAACUGCAGUGCGUGCGAGGUCAGAGUGCGACCGACUGCAUGCAGAGGAUUAAGAACGGCACGGCCGACGCUGCCUCCAUGUAUCCUGAUGAGAUCUACACGGCCGGUAUUUGUUACGGGUUAGACGUCGCAGUAGGAGAAUCGCACAACGGAAUUGAUGGCAUUAAUUACUACGUGGUGGCGUUGGCGCGCAGAUCCUCGGGCGAUCUGUCUCUUCUGGAGAUGCACGAGCGAAGUUCCUGCCACCCGGGAAUCCGCACCACCGUGGGCUGGACGGUGCCCAUCGGCUUUCUGGUCAAUACGUCGCAGAUCAGCGUGGACGAGCAGUGCAACUUCCCUCAUGCGGUGGGAGAUUUCUUCGGCUAUAGUUGUGUCCCAGGGGCAAAAGACCCAGAGCAUGAUCCCAAAGGCAACAAUCCCAGAAACCUUUGUGAGGCCUGCAUAGGUGAUGAGAACGACCGGCACAUUUGCGCCAACAACCCUCGGGAGCGGCACUACGGGGAGGCAGGAGCUCUCAGGUGUGUGGCAGAGAACCUUGGAGAUGUGGCCUUUGUGAAACACACCACUGUCUUUGACAACCUCAAUGGUAAAAACCAGGAAUCGUGGGCUCUGGACAUAGAGAUGGAGGACCUGAAGCUACUCUGCCCAGAUGGAGGUGAAGCUCCUCCCUCGGAGCACGCGCGAUGCCACCUGGCCGUGGUGCCCGCCAACGCUGUGGUGGUGCGCCUGGAGGAUAAAUGCCGCGUUUACAAGUUCCUGGAACGUGUUCAGAAUGCGUUUGCCAAUGCCACACAGGGCUUCUCACUCUUCAGCUCGGUGGGAUACGGACAGCCUGACGUUAUGUUCAGUGACUCGACUCUGAAGCUGAUGAGGGUGAUGGGAACUUACCAGUCCUGGCUGGGACACAGUUACACCACCAUGCUUCAGGCAUUCGAGUGUGAAGGCUUGUGCUGAUGGGAUUAGGACUCUCUCUCUCUCUCUUUUCUCUCUCUUUUCCACUUUCCCACCCUUUUCCUCCUCCCUCUCUCAGAUAUUCCUAUCCCUACCCACCUUGCCAAGUUCUCAUUCCCAAGCCACAUGAUUUCCUCUCCCCUUUCCUUCAUCGGCGACUUGCCGUCCACAUCCCACUAUAUACGCUAUCUGAUCUGCGAUCUCACAGAGGACGAAGGCCGAUGAGGUUGCUUCAUGCUGUGAAGGGAUUCAUUCUAUUGAGCCUAUACUGUGUUAAAUCCAUGCAAUCUGAUACAUAUCCUGGGUUAACGGGAGUUUGCUUAGCGGAGUCGUUACCCUUGCCCUUGAGGUUAAGACAACUGAUGAAUUUUUUAAUGUACAGAAAAAAAAAACAAUUUGGGCUCCAAUAAUCUAGCAAGCCACCUUUAGCCCAGGUUUGAACUUGUAUAACUAUGUUUGAUGGUCUGAUAGCAACAGCUACCUGAGCUUAGUGUUUGUUUAUCUAGAAAAUCUUUUCCAAAUCUCAACUUCUGGAAAAUGUUCUCUCGGUUCACGCAUACUCAUCCCAUUUUGGAAGGAUCUCAACACAGGUGCUCACAUAAUGCGGUCUUCAGGACUUCAGAACAAUAUUUCAUGUAAAUAGUCUUUUGUUUCUUUAAUUUCUAGAACAGAUUUACAUAAACGACUUAUUACCAAUAAAAAAAUUAUAUGAAAAAGUCAAAAACAGCCCUGUUUACUCUUUUACACAUCAGAAUAUACAUUUUUGUUAUGUGAGUUUUAUGCAGCAAUGCCGUGCUGCAAUAAUGAAUCUCUGGCACGGACGAGCAUAGCUUAUUCAUGAGACGCUUUGGCGUGACAACACAAAUGUAUUAUAAAUGAUAAUGACAUCUAAUAUAGGGUCCUAAUGGAUUGGUUUCAGCACGGCAACACAGCUAAUGAACAUUAGCGAUUUUGAUUCCGGGUUAAUUAAGCAUUUGUUAGGCACAUGCAGCCUAAUGACCUUGAUGUCGACAGCACACAUAUCUAAUUAUUAUUCGACCAUGUACUUUCUUGAGCGGCCGAUUUUUCACAGUUUAGCAUUAAUUAUAUGCCGUUGUGCGACAUUAUGGGACGUUGUAAUUAACCUUUUGCCCUCGAAGAUGUCAUAAGUGUAUUGCUU